AGCGCUAUAGUGGACCGGGGUUUGUGGUUUGUUUACAUUUGUUACAAUGGCGACCAUCACGGAGCUGAAGUGCGCGGUGAGAGAGACGCUGGAGUCCCGCGGGGUGCUGGGACAACUCAAAGCCCGGAUCCGCGCGGAAGUGUUCAGCGCCCUGGAAGACAAGCGGCCGUCCGAGCGACCGCAGCUGUCCCACGAAAACCUCCUCAUCAACGAACUCAUCCGGGAGUACCUGGAGUUCAACAAGUACAAGUACACUGCGUCUGUGCUCACGGCAGAGUCAGGCCAACCCGAAGUUCCCUUGGACCGACAGUUUUUGGCACAUGAGCUGAAUGUUGCAGAAGAUGCAAGCUCCAAGUCUGUACCUCUUCUCUACGGGCUGGUGUCCCACUUUGUGAACAAUGAUGACAGUGGAGGGAAAGUCUUUCUGAGGGGUUCAUCUCUUCCUCCAGGCCCCAGCUCCUCCACACAUGGGACUGAUGCCUAAAGACUCGGUACAUAUCUGUCAAAGAAGGACUUAAAAUAUUCCUUAAACAGAAGAAAUUUAGUUUGAUGUUAUAAUUCUUGUUAUUUUGUACAGUAUUUGUAAGUAGAAUUAGAA